GUGUGGGAGGCAGCGCGCGCGCUGAUGCUGUCCCGGAGGUUCGGGAUUCGACCCGGUGUGCGCGCGCGCUUUUGUCGGGAUCGCGUUAAUAUUUAAAGCGCCUCCAUCUUUAUUUCUGUGAGGCAUGCAGGAGGAGGAGGAGGAGCGCGGCUGCGUGUCUCGCGCGUCGUGAUCUCAGCGCGGAGCAGAGAGUCCCGUUAAUCCGCUCCGACUGGAAAUAAAUGGUUUUGGAGCUGGCAGCUCCCGCCGGUGCAGGCCCGCUGCUGCAGCGCUCCAUCCCGCACAUCGAGCGCCUUUUCCGGGUCAGGGUGAGCUGCAGCGCCGCCGACACCCCCACACACCCCCACACACACCCACACACACACCCACACACACCCAGCGGCCCCGGGACGCACAGCCACACCCACUCCGAGCCCAGGAGCGAACCGGAGAGCGGCGGCCGUGUGGUCGUGAUCAUCCGGGAUGGCACGGAGGAAGACUGCAGCAGGGCGAAAGAUUACAUCGUGUCCCUGAUCUCUCCGGUGCAGAGGCAUCAUGAGCGUUUGACCCUGUGGCUCCAGCGUCGUCUUCGCGAGCCCGAGAGCUCCGAGGCCCGAGAGCAUGCGCCCGAGCUGAUGGAGGACGAGGAAGGAGAGGAAGAAGGGAGUAGCUCGGAGAGCGAAGGAGAGAGACGGAGUGCAGGAAGAGGACACGGAGGAGAAGGAGGAGGAAGAGGAAGGAAACCUGAGCUGAUGAUGGCAACUAAACCUCACCGCCAGCUGUGUCGCUCUCCGUGUCUGGACCGUCCGAGUUUCAGCCAGAGCAGCACCCUACAGGAAAUGCGCACUGAUGACUCUCCGGCCACUCCCACUUCUUUGUCACUGGCACCACCCACUCCUUCAGUGGGCCACACCCCUUCAGAUCGGGACUACCAGAGCAAAAUGGAGUUUGCACUGAAGUUAGGCUACUCCGGCGAGCAGGUGGAGGCCGUGCUGAGCAAACUGGGACCGAGCGCGCUUACUAACGAUGUCCUGGCCGAACUCGUGCGUCUCGGGAAUAAAGGAGAAAUCGAAGCACAAACACCGACGCAAACGUCCGCCGGACUAACACCAACCGGGUUAGCGCUAACCCCACGCGGCUCUGGAGCAAAAGAAGCCGUGAGUCCUGAGGUGUCACUUGAGGAGGAGACAAACGACACGUACGAUAACCUCCGACCCAUCGUUAUAGACGGAUCCAACGUGGCCAUGAGCCAUGGAAACAAAGAGGUUUUCUCAUGCCUGGGCAUCCAGUUGGCAGUUGACUGGUUCCUGGAGCGAGGACACAAAGACAUCACAGUGUUUGUACCAGCAUGGAGGAAAGAGCAGUCCCGACCCGACGCUCCUAUAACAGAUCAGGAAAUCCUGAGGAAGCUGGAGAAAGAGAAAAUCCUUGUCUUCACUCCUUCUCGUCGAGUCCAGGGACGGCGUGUCGUCUGUUAUGACGAUCGGUUUAUUGUUAAAUUGGCGUGCGAUUCAGAUGGCAUCAUCGUGUCAAACGAUAACUAUCGAGAUCUGCAGAACGAAAAGCCAGAGUGGAAAAAGUUCAUCGAGGAACGCCUUCUCAUGUACAGUUUCGUCAAUGACAAGUUUAUGCCACCGGAUGACCCCCUCGGUCGACAUGGUCCAAGCCUGGAAAACUUCCUCCGCAAGAGACCCGUCAUUCCGGAGCAUAAAAAGCAACCGUGUCCUUAUGGUAAGAAGUGCACAUAUGGUCACAAGUGCAAGUACUACCACCCGGAGAGAGCAGCGCAACCUAUACGCUCUGUUGCAGAUGAACUCCGAGCUUUCGCCAAGCUCUCUGCUGUCAAGACCAUGAGCGAAGGUGCUCUUGCAAAAUGUGGCACUUCUGGCACCACUGCAAAAGGGGACUGUUCUGAGGUGAAACGAGUGGCGCCGAAACGUCAGUCAGACCCGAGCAUCCGUUCAGUGGGCUGCGAGCAGGAGGAACGACUCUGCCUGGCUCGGAAAGCUGAAACUAGUUCAGUUCCGUCUUUAGUGACGGCUCUUAGCGUCCCAACCAUGCCACCGACAAAAAGUCACGCAGCUGGGGCACUGAACACUCGUUCUGCUAGUAGCCCAGUACCGGGGUCACUUCACUUCACACACAGCUCGCUAGAACAUGCUGGAAGCAUCCAAUACCCUCCAAUUUUGGUCACCAACAGCCAGGGUGCAUCCGUGGCAUACAGUGAACCUUUUCCCAAAUACGAUUCCGUGGUUAGUGACCAUGGCUACUAUUCGAUGCUGAGUGAUUUCUCCACCAUGAGCUUAGGAAGCAUGCAAGACAGCUUUUGUAGCUUAGAACAGCCAGAUCCGGUCGGAGUCGGAGGAGGAUAUCCUGGUAGAGCUUCCAGCAUUUGUCCUGAAUCUGGACGCAGCCACUCUUCGGACUCAUUCUCCUCCUACGGUGGAGAGAUGUACUCCAUGGAAGGUAGCUUGGAUGAUGGGAUGAAAGGUCCACCAUCUGCGCAAUCCCAAGUGCAAUCCCAGGCACAGUCCCGCUUGCAAGCAUUUGCACAUGGAUUCCACCAUGAGGCUUUGACGAGAGUCCAAAGUUAUGGCACGGAUGAACCCAAACCGGGGCCACGCAAACAAUCCUCGGCCCACCUUGUGCCUCACGCGCAGCAUCCGGUGGUUGGAGCUCGAUCCAGUUGCCCUGGUGACUAUCCUCUGCUUCCCCAGAACAUGUUGCCUUCGUCCGGCCCUACUCAGCCAGGCAGAUCCUUGGGAAUGACACGAAUGGACAGCAUUUCAGAUUCCCGUCUUUAUGAAAGUAACCCCCUCCGGCAGCGUCGGCCCCCUCUGUGUCGAGAGCAACAUGCCAGUUGGGAUCCUUUGCCGUGUGGGAAUGAGCCUUACGGUUACGGAAGUUAUGGAUUGACGGGAGGACUCAUGCCUUGCUGUGAACGAGUGAUGGUUCGGAGUAUGCCAGAAAAGAUGGAACAGAUUUGGAGGUCGCCGUGGGAUACGCCACCAGGACCUCACGGACCGGUGGAACCGCAAGAGCGACAUCCGAUCCCUGAACAUCAGUAUCAGACUUACAGAAACCUCUGCAAUAUCUUCCCAGCAUACGUAGUCCACUCGGUCAUGGAAAAGAAUCCUCAUAUGACGGAUCCUCAGCAGCUAGCGGCGGUUAUUGUAACGAAGCUACGGUCCUGUCAUUGAACGAGUGAAGGAGAAGCAGCGUAACGUUUUACGUAUUUCGUUUUGUUUGUUUGUUUGUUUGUUUGUUUUUUUUAGUUCAACACCAGAUCUACGCAGCCAGUCACUUGAAAGAUAUAAUUCUUUAUCUUUUGAACUCUUUUCUUUGCAUUAGUACCAUGGUUCAAAUUAGCAGUGCUACAUCAUGUAGCAUGAUUCUGGGUUGAUCCAUGUUUGAUAACGGGCCUUGUACCAAGGUUAAAGAAAUCAUCCAUUGGAGAAUGAAGCAUAUUUGUUGUUGGAUGAAGGUGUUUUCAGCAAUUUAGUAUUUCAUGUUCACACAUUUUAGGUUUUACUUUUGAGUAAAUGGCAAAAAUGCACUUAUGAUACAAAGAGGGACGCAAACCCGAGUCGAGAUCACAAAGACCAGCCUUUUUUUUUGCUAAUUUAUAGUGCCGUAUUUUCCAGACAAUACAUUCUAUUGAACUCUAUAAAACUCUCACCCCUAAAUUCUGUCUGCUUUGAGGAAUAAAAGUGAUGAUAAACAUUGCUUUGUCAUAUUAAUAUAGCAGGCAUUUUUAUUUUAUUGGAUUAUACGGCCUUUAAUAGCUAGAGGACCUAAACAUGUUACAGUUUGGCUAAUAUGCAAAUUAUACAUGUUGCUCCGUGGUGUCAAACUGCGAUGCAAAGAGUGUCUUAUUCUCUGGAAAAUAUGGUAAGAUUACCAAUUUCAGUCAUUUUGUCUCAUAAUGAACAUGAACUGUAGUAGUUUUAUGUUAAACACAUUUAAAUUUAGCGUGAAAUUUAAUUCUUAGGAAAGAAGUAAUUAAAAAACCUCAUAGGGAAACACUGAUGAGAAACGAUAUGAGUGAUACGAGUACAAUUAUGUAUUAAUUGCACCAGUGUAAAUAUUGUGACUGUGCGAUUAUCUUCUGUUUUUUUUUUUUUGCCUCGUGAAAAGGUGAAUAUGUGAAAUUUCCGAAAGGAGCGUUAACUCUCGAGUACCUCAAAGCAUGAACUUUGACCUUUUUAAACUUUUAUGGCCUUACAUCGUGUGACCUCACCACAAGUGUGUUAACGUGAUAUAUAUCUAUAUAUCUAUAAAUAUAUUAUAUUUUUUCUGAUGGUUGUCGAGGUCACCGUGUGUGUUUAGUAUUUAAGCACUAGCGGUUCUUUAGAGCAAUUAUUUUCCUGUUUUAGCGAUACCACUUUGCAAAGACUACCUUUGAGUGAAACACCGCCCACCUGCCAAAAAAAACACACCAAACAAACGGCAUCCCUAUUUCCUAACUCGCACAAAGCCAUUUUAAAAGAUUAUUUCACGCUGCUUAAGCAAGGCCAAAAAGAUAAUCAGUGUGUGUUCGAGUGUGACGUAAACGCUAGCUCGUAGCUAGCAUUAUAUAGCCUGUUAGAUGUGUUUAUUGUGCAGUAACUUUACAGAAUCUAGAAUAUUUCUCAAAUUUAAUUUGAAAUUGUUUACGUGGUCUUUAAGCUCUGUUUUGGUAACAGAUUAGUAUUUGGGCUGUGUAAGUCAUGAUAGGUAUGAUAUUUUUCCAAAUUUACGUGUUUUAAUUCCUGGACGUUUGAAAAGAUCCAGCGGCAGUGGUUUCUAUGGACGAUUUUAACUUUGGGAUGGAACCUGCUGAGCUUGUCCACCUUGACGUCAGAGAUACAGUCGAUACACUCCCACUGGCUGAAAUGCCUACGUAGCUUCAAAUGAAUUCAAAUUUACAUUUUUUUAGCUACUUAGCCUGCUAAAUUAGCUAGCUUGUGUUACAACAAGAGGCUAAACGUAAUUCGAGUUCCAGCUAAGAACAAUAGCAAUAUAUGUACAGAAUAAACAAAUUAGCUAGCUAGUAGAAUGCUAUAACCCGGACCGGGUCCUGAAAUGUCCAUUUUGUAACAGUGACGUCAAGGAGGACUCAGUGAUUUCAGUAAACAUACAUGUAAAUUUGAACAUUUAGAAAUGUAGUCAUUAUAGCUUUAACAAGCUCUGAAUUGAUGCAUGAGAUAAUAAAUUAAGAGCUCGACACUUAAUUGGCUCUUUAGUCAAUUAAGACGUAUUUGCAACUUAACGAAAUUUGUGCAUUAAUGAAGGGACGGGAGUCGACGUGUCUCAUCAGCAAAAUGCUCCUGAAGAGCAUCUGUUUUCUGAUUGGUGCUGGGAGACACCGUCGCUCCGCCCAUCUUUGUAUAUUAUUGUAUUAGCGCAAUCUUAGCAGAAUCCUUGAAUGUUCCAGACUUGGAGAAGUCUCUCUGCGUCUGGGUGGAAAAAGGAAACUUUAUUUUGUUGUUGUGGUUUGCUGGGGUUUUGUUUUCAUGAGCGCGGGUUACCGCUCGUGGGAAGGUUGCGACACACUGCCUACCUGUUUCUCCCUGUGCGAUACACACACACACGGAACACCAGGCUGUCGUUGGGUUGUUUCUUACAUUUGAUUGACGGGUCGCUUGCUGCUACUUUUUUUUGCGCUUUAUUUUUCAAUUCUCUCGUUCUCACUUUCCUCAUCAUUCCCAUGACACGUGAAAAGCAUGUCAAAACCGAGGAAUUUUAUUUUCCUAACGUGGUCAGAUACAAUAUCGGGAUAAUGGCGUUACGAUACGAAAACUUAUUCAGCAUCUGUUCAUAUACUGAAGGAACAUAGGUUCCUAGAAAGGUUCCUGGAUUCUGAAAACAGGCCGGAAAACGUUCCUAAUUUUCCAAAUGGUUUCAUGUGAUAGCAAGCGAUUUGGGAUGGAGCCAAACAAACCAGCUUGGCUCCCAGCGUCAUGCGACAAUAUUCUUACAGUUUUAGACAUGUACUACGCACCACACCACUCCUGGAACUAAAAUCAUGCCUCCAUACUGGAGUUUAAAUGUAUUUAAAGAUUCAGUUGUUCCUGAAAUAGUUUUGAGGUCCCUGAAAACAUUCUUGGCUUCUUUAAAAGGUUCCUAGGAUCCUGGAUAAAAGUACCAGGCUUCCUGAAAAGGACCCAGAACUUUGAUACCAGAUCCCAUGCAUCUGUUUUAGGAACUGGGAGGAAAGUUCCUGGGUUCCUGAAAAGGGUCCUGGUUUCCUAAUAAGGUUAAUAAUAAUAAUAAUAAUGAACACUGUCGUUAGUUCCUACUGAAAAUAUUUUAAUAAAAAUUUCUUUGGGGUUGAUUUAAACUUGAACAUGAAAAAACCUGAACUUAAUUUAAAAAAUAAAAUUAAAAGGAAAGAAGGAAGCCUGUUAAGUGUCAAACUCCAAUUGGAACCCCAGAUGUAGCUGAUCAGCCGGGACGUGUUCGCUGUCUUUCGCUUUGUCGUGGAGCUGCGAAGCUACAAAGUUGCGAGGCUAAUGGCAAAUAUUUUCUUGACCAAAUUUGAGGUAAAUAUAACAUUUUUUCUGCAUUGUUUAUUUCCUGCCACUUCUGAGAUGCACGCAGCAAGUUAUCGCGCCUCAAAUGUCGAGAAACGACCUUUGCUUGUUGAUACAAAUUGUAUCUAUUUCUUGAUUGUAAAAAAAAUAUUUGAGCUGUACAGUAUUACAUAUAUACAUAUAUAUAUAAAUAUAGAGAGAGUUAUAUAUCUAUAAAAAUAGCUUAGUUUUAUUUAAAAGGAUAAAAAACGACAUUAAUGCCAUAAUGUUAGUGACACUAUGUGUCACUAGUGUAGCCCAUACAGAAGGCUUGUUUCCUGCCGGGCAAGACGUCUACAGACAGGGAUCUCUCUCACCGACUCACUCUGUCUCUCAUUCUCCAUCUCUUUUUCAUCCUUUUACUCUCAUAUUAAAAGACAGGUUAUGGCUUAGAAGUGGGCGUGGCCAACACAGUGUAGGCGUGAUUAUCCACAGCUUUGCUGAUUGAAACUGAGCUGUUUGUGCAUCGCUGUAUCCCACGUUCCCUUUGACCUUAUCGAAUCCGUCAGAUCAAAGUAUAUCGUAACAUUUCUGGAAAAGAGACACGCCCACUUACAAAGCCCCUGACACGCCAAGCCGACACUGGAGAACCGGCACCAGGCCAGAACUGUAAAUCUCCACCUGGCGUACCUGUAUCAGUGUCUGGAGUGAUGCAGUGGUUUGAUAAAUUAUUUACCGCAGGAGCAUGUGAUCUGAGAUUGUGACUUUUUUUUUUUAAACAACUGUGGCCAGUAGGUCCUCAAAACAGAGUCCCAGGAACUUCAGUGGGAACCUGAGAGAGUUACCAGGUUGUGGGGUUCUUGAAAAGGUUCCUGUGAUCCGGAAACAUUCCUGAGGAGGUUCCUGUGGAGUUCCUGGUUAAAACUUACUCAGCUCCUAGAAAGAGUUUCUGAAAUGUUUUCCAGGUUCCUAAAACAAGCUUAAUGGGAUCCUGGAUAAAAGGUUCCUGAAAUAAAAGUGAGAAGAAUCCUGGAUAAAUGUUCCUGGGUUUGACAAAUCUUGUUCGAGGGAAAUUACAGCAGUUGGAUUUGCAGUUUUACUGAAUCACGAUGAAAAAAAUGUAUAGUUUGUCUUUCUGGAACUUCUGCUGAUGUGCCGAUGCGUCACACACCACCAUCACCACCGAUACAGAACACACCGGAAAUAAUCUCCGGCUCAGUUGGCUCAGUGUGUCAGAAUCCAAAGAGCUGUUCUCGUGUAGGAACAGGAAGUAACGUGAUUACAUCACAGAUGGAUAACACACUCUCUCUCUCUCUCUCUCUCUCUCACUUUUCUUUCAAGUCUCCAUGAUGUAUGGAUGGGGGGGUAACACACACACACACACACACACACACACACACACACACACACAAAUGGACUGUAUGCUACUGUCCAAAUAAAUAAAUAUAUACAUAAUAUUUUUCCUUUUGUAAAUACUGAAUCCACUUCAAUUUGCACAGUAUUAGUGCUUUUUACAAGCAUGCACACACACACAUGCACACACACACAUGCACACACACGUCGCCUUGCAAACCCCAGCUAGCUCGGGUUUCUCUGUGUAAUAAAUAAUAUGAAUAAAUCACUCUGGACUUUUGUGUGUACUGAGAUGUGGAUUCAUGCAGAAUUCGAAUAUUAUUAUUUUUCUUUAAACUAACUCCCUUUCUCCUGACAAGUGCAUUCUGGGUAAUCUCAACAUGGUUUGGACUAUACUUGACUGUGAAAUGGUCAAAAUAGUGCACUCUGUAGUGAGCAGGGUGCGGUUUUGGAUGUGAGCAUCACCAUGACAACAUGUGAGUUCAGUUCUGAGAUAAACGCAAAACAGUGUUUUUGAUGACGAGUGAUUCGGGACAGAACCCAAAUGAAGCAACAACACAAGGACUUGUACACAAAUAGACACAUUUUGUAUUGAGGUCACACACUGAUAUUUGGUUCUGUUAGAGAUCACAGUAACUCAGAUCAGGAAGUUUAAACACACUUAAAGGUUCCUUGAUUCCUGUAAAAUGUCCUCAGGCUUUUGAAAAGGUUCCUUGAUUAAAAAGGUUCUGGGUUCCUCCUAAGGUUCCUCAGCCUUUAAAACAUUUUUAGCUUGUGUUUCUGGUUCCUGUUUAAAGGUUCCUGGGAAUAUGCCUGGGAUCCUGAUUGAUUGAUUCAUGUCUGGAAAAAAUCUUUAAGAGGUUCCUUAGAAGGUUACCAAGUUCCUGAAAAAGUUCCUGGGAUUUUGAAAAAAUUCCAUGUGUUAAAAUUUGUGGGUUCCAAAUAAGGUUCCUGAAAAUGUUCCUAAGCCCUUAAUAUAUUUCUGGAUUUGUGGAACACAGUAAGGUUCAAAUAAGGUUCCUUUGGUUCUGGAGAGAAAAAAAAAAAAAACAAUGGGUGACCCUAACAAGGUUCCUGAGAAGGUUCCCAGGUUCCUGGAAGAAAAAAAAAUCACUCAUGUAGUGUGUACACAAGUUCAUGGAUGAAAAAAGAUUCUGGGUUCCUAAUAAAGUUCCUGAAAAGGUUCCAAAGCUCCUCAAAACAUUUAUUGGUUUGUGUAAAUUAUUUUAGGGUUCAGAGAUGCCAAUAAGGCUCACUGGUUUCUGGGGGGAAAAAAUUCUGUCCUUAAUAAGGUUCCUGGGUUCAUGAAAAAGUUCCUGGUUUUUUUUCCAUAAUAUGGUUCUUAAAACGUUCCUAAACUUCUUACACACAUUUCCAGGUUUGUGAAAUGAUCCUUGGUUUGUGAUUUUGUUUUUCCAUUUCUGAAAAGGUUCCUGAGCUCCCAAUGUUCGUUGUUUCUGGGGGAAAAAAUUCCACAAAGGUUCCUGAGAAUGUUUGUUUGUGUCUGAAAAGGUUCCUUACAAAGUUGCUGGGUUCAUGAAAAGGUUCCUAAAAUUGUCUUGCUGUUCAAACAUAAUAUUGUGACUUACUGUGAGAAUUUAAUAUCAGCGUGCGCGCACACACACACACACACACACACUCACUUGCCUUAUAGACUAUUGAACCUGCUGUGUGUGAAUCCAGGACUUUAACACAGAUGUGUGUAUUGCAGCAGACGGAAGUUGGUUCUAGAGUCACAGCAGUGUAUUCUGAUUCUAGAACAUCCUGUAGAACCAAAUUUUCUCUGAGGAUCCUCAUGUCAUGGACUGCUGAGAUGUAAACUAAAACCAUGAUUACAAGACGAGUGUAUUUAAAAUUUACCAGCUCUCCCUCUCUCUCACACACACACACACACACACACAGAGUCUCAGGAAUGAACAGAUUUAUCAUGAACUCAACUGAAGAUGUUAAUCUUGAUGUUUGCUAUGACGAAACGAUUAAAUCGCAAUUUUUUGUGACGCAGUGAAACAACCUCUUAAUCGUGUCCUCAAAAAGAAACUCUUCAUUUUUUCGGUUCUUUAUUGUACCGUGUUGCAUUUUGGGUUUGAGUUUUUGUGCCGUUGCAGGCCGGCUGAGUGGAUUUGAACACUUUGAAGUCUCGUGGUGUAACAGCGAUAUACGGCUAAGUGUGUUUGGUUCUGUAUCGAACGAAACACUCGCUUUUGAAAAAAAAAGAGAAAAGACAAAGCCCCCUAAAAAAAAAGGAACUUUGUAACUCUUUGGGUCUGUAGACUCAAACAAAAUGUAAGUCUCAAUGACAAAAUGUGUUUGUUUUUCUUCAAUAAAGCCAAGCCCUGUUGGUUA